GAAAAAUCAGACUUCAUCUCCGUUCUCUCUCAUCAUCGUACACACUCGAACUUACAAAGUACAAACCCUAAUUAGCAAAAACUCACCCUUUCAUUAAAUCUCCCAAAUUCCGAUUCCAAUUCCAAUUCGAAACUUCUUUUCCCCCAAAUCACUCUUCAAAACCCUACAUUUUCGUUUUUCAAUCGAAAUUUCGAAUCGAACUCAAAAAAAAGCAAUCGGAAUCAUAUUCAAAUUUGAGGUAAUAGAUCGAAUGAUGGGUAACACUAGCGAAAACACAGAAUCACAAAAAUUUCGAUUGUAUGGGAAGACGAAAAUGCCAGAGCUUCAACGUGGAAAUUCAGUCAAAACGACGACGAAUAAGAAGCAGAAGAAUAUCGUUGAUAAUAAUCAGAAGAAAUCGACUCAUUUGGUUGGUAACUACAUUCGAACUCGCGCAGCUGUUGCGAGAGAAGCAGAAGCAGUAGCAGUAGUUGGUGUUGUUGAAGAGGAGAGAGAAAAAGUUGUUAAGGAUCCUCCGAGAACUAAGUUAGCUGUGAAAAAGGGCAAAUUUAAGGAACAAACAACAACAAAAGGGUAAUCAAUAAUACUAAGAAUAAUAGUGGAAAGAAGAAGAAGGUUGUUGAUAAGGUUGUACCAGUGGUUGUGAUAUCGGAGAAGGAAAGUGAGUCAAAAGAGAGAGAAUCAGAAGUCAGAGAAGAAAUGUUGGGAGAUGAUAGUGGUGGUUUAAGUGCUAAUAAUAAGGGAACUGGACAUGAUGAUGAUGGAAAUAAAUCCCCUUUUCCUGAAAGGGUUCAAGUGGGUGCUUUUCCUAUUUAUAAAGUAGAAAGGAAGAAAGGUGGGUUUGGUCAGGUGUUUGUUGGCCGUCUUGUUAACGGUGGGAAUGAACGCGCCACCGGGUCUGGGGCUUUGGAGGUUUCAGGAAAAUAUCCAACACUUGCUCCUUGCAGCAAGAGGCCGAGUUGGUCUUGGUCUAUUCCCAGAGAAAUUAUGUUUCACAUCUUUUUAUUUCUUCGUGCUUCACUUCUUCAGGAGAUUGUGAGGUUCGUUUGCAAGGAGUGGAAUGCUAUUAUCUCUGACCCGCUCUUUAUUAGAGCCCACCUUCUUCAGUCCAUGUCAUCUCCUGCUACUACUGGUUUCCUUAUUCAAGACGAUGACCUGGAUGAUGCUAAGCUAAAACAGGCCUAUUAUGUUCACCCAUAUGAUCGUGUUGUCAGUAUACUUAAGCUUCCAUUUGAGGCCUUCAUUUUGGCUUCUUGUAACGGACUACUCUUGCUUCAAAAUGCCUUCAUUCCAAAAGAAUUGUCUGUAGUGAAUCUUGUAACUAAAGCCAACAUCAGUCUCCCUCCCCUGUCCCUCACCCUGCCAAAGGUAUGCAUUUAUCGUAAACCUUCUGCUGUUCUAGCAUUUGCACCUUCUUCUGGUCGAUACAAAGUCUUUUGUCCUUGUUUCGUCCCCAAAUAUCCACGUUCACCAUAUCGUCAACGUGAAAAAAAUGAUGAUCAUCUUGCCAGAUUUGAAGUUAAGGUUAUGGUAUGGACAGUAGCUGUUGAUGAAACUUGGAGGGCUAUUGACAUUGACUGUCAAGGCAUUACUAUGAGUAACAAGGCAAAGCAGACACUACUGAGUCAUCCGUUUUCUAUUGCAGCGGGGUAUGUCUAUUGGUUUGAUAUAUGUCACUCUCUUGGUUUUGCCUUGGAUAUAGAUGCUGAAACCAUGUAUCAAUUCGAAGCGCCAGAAGAUAGCGUUAUCAACAGCAAGGUGAAGACUUACUGUAUACCAAUGGACACCGGUGGUGCAGGUAUAAUAUAUUGGCAAAACCCUAGUAAGUUUUGGAAAGUCUGGGAAAUGAUAGGACCAAAAACUGGCCCUUGGGGUAGAUGUAUGAAUUUCGAUGCAGCUGGUAUGUAUUUGGCGCUUCAGAGACAUUUCAAUCCCUCAAAGUUUGGAGUCGCUAUACCUCUUUAUAUGAGCUUGAAAACUGGGGAGUUUUGGUUUUUUGGCUUUGUGGAAACCAAGCAUAGCAUGUCCUUUGCGUUGGUUUGUUAUAAUUGGAAGACGGGAAGUGUUUGGUCACCUCCCCCUAGGUGGCGAAGAUAUUUUGACUUCCCACAUCUUCACGUAAACAGCUUGCUAUCACUGAAGAAUCUCUAGUUGUACGUGGAACGGCGAUCACUUUGAAGAAAUGAAGUGCAAGUGUUGUGUAGUUCGAUGGAUACAUGCAUGUGGAUAUGGAGACUCAACAAAUUUGACGUUGCUGUUUAAGUUAAAUAUUAUUCACCCCCUUCCCCCCCCCCCCCUCCCCCCAAAAAAAAAUUAAAAAAUUGUUGUUCAGGUCGCUUGGACCUAAUGUUUACAAUUUGAUGUAGACUUGAUUGACAUCAUCAUGUAAGUUAUUUGUACUUCUCUUCCCCCAUUUGUUGUUACUGAUCACUUUGUACUCAACAAUUUAAUGUAUGUGGGAAUUGGAGAUUAGAUUGAUGUCUUAAUGUAUUUUACUGCUUUUCUCAUUUCAAGAAGGCCAAAAUGGAGGCAUUAAUAACUAGUAAGUAGAGCGACACAGAACAAUUUUACACAGGUGUGCUGGUGUAUAGUAUGCACAUGAUUUAAUUUCUUGGCCGGUGCUGGCUAGAAUGAGUUCUUAUAUGUCUUCUGCCGCCCUCUAUCAGUCCUGGACGAUCCAAUGUGUUUCAAGGAAUGAAUCAGUAGGUGGUUCCAUUGUCCAGUUGCUGUGAAACUCACUUGGAUGAAACACUCUCUUCUUCACUGUCCACAGACUUUACACCUGAUUCAGAUCAUCGCUGCUAAGUAUAAGUUCUCCUUCAGAUCAGAUAGUAUGCUCCCAGUAGCUUAUUCUUUAUCAGCAGCCUGCUGCUUGCAACAGAUGGGCAAAACACUAAAUUGAGUCUUUCAUUCGGAAUGAAAUUGAAGUGGAUUAUCUGGAGGUAUUAGGGAAUAUAACAAGCUUUGCUGAUUGAGCUACAAGCGGGUUCGCUGAAGGGAAUACUUUCUGUCUUUUUAUUGGACUUUGGUCAGAAAGGCAACUGGUGAACCAACUGCUCCAGAUUAAAAGAUGUGCGGAGAUGGCUCUUAGAUUGCGAUAUUUCAAGAAACAAGUUUUGACUCCACCAAGUCUUUCUCUUGGAAUAUUGAAAUCAAAGUGGAUUAUCUGGAGGGAAUAUUACAAGCUUUGCUAAUUGAGCUACUAGCGGGUUUGAUUUUGUUCUUAGUUGAAACUUGCGCGAGCUAGAAGCUGUUCAUUGUGAUUUCUGAGAUGAAUUUAAGCAAUGAUAAGUUAUAGUGCACUUAUAAGGAGCUUUCUAAGUAUAAACUACAGGAGGCUGGAGAUUUCUUACAUUCAGCUCAAAGUAGCGCGGCUUCUAGCAAAAUGAAGAGUCGUUGGACACACCUUUAUUUUUGGAACAAGGUUGGAGAAUUCUUCUAUCCAGCUCAAAGAAGUGCGCCUUUUUAGUAUGGAGAACUGGAACAACAAAAUGCAGAGAAUACUUAAUUUGGUCAUAUGCGUUGUACUUUUCAUGUCUUCUAUCCUUUUUUAUACCUUUUCAUAAAUUUCAAUUAAUAUGUGUUUAGGACAAGUCGAUUGAUCCAUCAAAGUCUGUGUAGCUGGGGGUUCUUUGCAGGCUUGGUACCCAUAGAGAAAUCUAUGGCAUUUGAAAGGAUCUUGCUUCAUGCAACUAGGGAUAAUGUUUUUAUAAGGCAGACUAGAGUAGAGAAUCCUGUGAUGGAUUGUUUUAGACUAACAUUUGUUUUAUUCAUGUUCUAUUGUUGAUGCUUUUGGACUUACUUCUGUCUUCUUUCAGAUUUUAUCUAACUCAGUUCUUUGUUACUACUGACAUUUCUUACAGUUCAGGAAGAAAGUAAAAGGUAAGAAGAAAAUGCCGAUGAAGUAGUGGAAGGUGCAGUGGGAAGUCUCUGUCUCAGCUCCGAUGUACCCUCUUUACUCUUUUCAGUCAAGAAAGGGUUUUAAUAAUUGGGAAAUGCUCUGGAUUCAUUUAGAAUUGGGGUUUUUCAUCAACUUUUCGCUCAGAAGAAUUUGUGCUCAUUUUGCGAAGGAAUUUUUGAAAGCUGUAAAGACAUCAAUUGAAUACCUGCAUCGAUGCAAAGACAUCGAAAAUUACUGCCUACGUCAAGACUGAAGCAGUGGGGUAUGAGUUGUGCUUUAGAAGGCUUAUUAGUAAUUGUUUUGACCGUAAGAGUUGUGUAUUUUCUCUAAUUCUAUUGUUUGUAGAUUUGUGUUAUUAUUGUAGAGAUGCCGUAUGGCUUAUUAUUAAUGAUAAUGUUUCUUCCUCGUCAAAAAAAAAAAAAAAAAGAAUCAAAUAAGAAACUACAUAAUGGAAAAACACAAAUGUUCACUUGUUUAAAUGAUUGAAAGAGUAUUAUUAAUCAAUUUCACUUUGACUAGCAACAAUUAUUUAUACAAAGAAAAAUACUAUAACAAUUAGUAUCUCGUUGAAUUCACCUCAUUAUAUAGAGAUAUUUAAGUAUAAGGAAAUUGUCCCUCGGAAAAUUUGAAAAGUGAAGACAUCUUUACCUUUAUCUUUACUACUAUAAAAGCCAAUAGGGGGCGUUUCUCAAUGUGCUGCCUCUCUAUUCUAGAGAGAGAAGUUCCUUCUAGGGUUUCUCUCUUGGAAGGGGUUUUGUGCUUCUGAUUCGAAGCUUCUUGCCUUUAGGGUGGGCUCUUUUCUCUCUUCCUCUUCUCUCCACUUCCUAAUCCAUUUCUUGGUUCUGCCUUUUCAUCAAUUGUCGCCCUUUACUUCUCCCGGCCACCUUCCCUGUCCUUUUCUCUCACUGCUGCUGGUUUUAUCGGGGGGGCUCGCCGGCCGAGGUCGGGUUAUAGCCCUUCCUUGUGCGCCAGUGAGUCACCCACCCUAGGCCUCAUCAACGUCGGUUUAUUGUCGGCCGGAAGAAGCGCGAUCUGAAUCCAUCCGUUUCGUGCGAGUCAAGGUCUAGACUUGGUUGAUUGGUUUUAAGGUUGCCGGUUUUUGCAACGGGUUAGGUUUGUGCCGUUAUCCUUAAGUCUGAUCUGGUGCUUGUUUGGAUUUCGCUGGCUUCUGACCGAGUUUUACAACUCGUGUUUUUGGGGAUGUUCGUCCUUUUAAUUUUAUGCUUCUUUCAAUGUUUAAUCUUUGUUUGGUGAAUAAGACCCAGUUGAUGAUCUCUGAGUUGUUCAUAAAUAAUUUUCAUUUUGGGUCAGUUAUGGAGCCACCCACCAUUGCUUCCUCUGUUGUUCGAGCGCUUCCUGCGGCAAAUGUUUUAAGACGGGUCGUCCAUGAGUGGACCUACGGGGCUGGCUUUAUAGAGCAGUUUCCGACUAAGGACCCAAGGGCUUCGACUGUGGGUUUCCGCCUGAUCUCAGUUUUGGUUCAUUUGGUGGGUUUGGUAUUCAUGGUUGUUGUGUUGGGGAAGAUGAGUUUGACUCAAGAAGAUCUAAUCUGUAGUGCAGUUGCUUACUCCAUAAUAUCUACAGCGCCGUUGGUGAAGGAAUUAUUGAAAGAUGCAAUGACAUCGAAGAAUUCACAUGGUUUCAAGAUUGGAACCACCUUAAUGGAGAUGAGCGUGAAUAGAAACAAGUUUAGGUGUUGUGGGUGUAGUUUCUGCUUCAGUUAUGUUCAAAUGAUGAUGUAGAUGCCGAGAUGGCUAUUGUGUGAAUGAAAUCAUCUAUCCCUAUCAAAAAAAAAAAAAAAAAAAAAGCCAAUAGGGGGUUUAAAUUGUUGAUGUCUACAGUGUUGUUCCUUUUUUGCCCUUGCUGCUUCUACCUUAUUACACCGUUGCCUUUCCCCUUCUUUUCCUUUGUUUCUCUCUCCUCUUUGCAUGCUCCUACCUCCCCUCUCUCCGUUUCUCUCUCAUCUUCUACUGCUACCUAUCUCUCCUCCCUUCAUUUCUCACUCCUUUUCCGGCUACCUAUAUCCCCCACUGAAUUUACUUCUCAAUUUUCUGUCAAGAGCAAAUCACGGUUUUUCGAUGCGGCGAGUGCUAGCUUUUGAUGCUUGUGGUCAGAACUGUUUAUGCGGUGGUUGGAGCCUCAUGCGUGAACCCUAAACCCUAACCAAGAUGGGUCUAAAAAGGUUGUGUGAAGGUGAAGUGUUGCUGAAUUGCAUACUAGCCAAAAAGGAUAACCGAUAUUCAGAGAAAGAUGCAACUGUGGUGGUCCGUCAGUUGCUGAAAGUUGCUGCUCAUUGCCACUUACAUGGUCUGGUAGCACCGUGAUAUGAAGCCCGAGAACUUUUUUUUUCAAAGCGCCUGAAGAGAUUUCAUCUUGAAAAGUUGAAAGGCCACAGACUUUGGAUUAUCAGAUUUCAUAAAACCUGGUGAGUAGAAAGGGGAAUGUCAAUAUGCACUUGCUGCUUGUGGGUAGACAUUUCUCUUGUCCAACCUGACUUAUAUUUGAUUUAUCGCAAACGUUUGACAAUGUGGCACAAACAUUUUGCUUCCUAUAGAGAAAAUAUUCAAAGAUUUUGUUGGCAGUGCCUACUAUGUUGCCCCAGAAGUACUGAAAAGAAAGUCAGGCCUAGAGUCUGAUGUCUGGAGUAUUAGUGUCAUCACCUAAAUGGCUAAAUGUUGCUCUGUGGAAGACGUCCAUUUUGGGGCGAAACUGAAGAUGGUAUAUUCAAGUAGAGUCCCCCAUCCUUGGAAGAGUAGGAAAACUUGAGAGCAUAUCACGGAACAGCCUCUGGUUUGUCAACAGGGCUGCUGGUUGGAUUAAAUCUUGACACAUCAAGCCCUGAUACUUUCUGAUCUCCUCCUGCACCCAUUCCGUUCAAUGUGCUUUUUGGGCUCCCACAAACUCCAUUCUGUACUCUUGGAAACCAAGCAUCUAAUAAAAUUGAUACAACCAAACAGCUGAAACCUGCAGGCAUUGCUGAAAAUGUUGUUGCCGAUAACUCUGAUAUAUUGACUCCUAUUGAUCAUGUUGGGAAAUCUGAAGGAAAAACUCUUGCUGAUAUAUUGCUUGCCUCACCGUCAAAGUCUGAUGUGGAAAUUUCAAAACCUACUGAGGCUUAUGAGUUAGUCCCUUAGGAAAGGAUACAUGUCUUAUCUGUCUUGAAGGUACUAGAUUUUCUAUUAUAAAGUAAUGCGUUGUAUAAACCCUCGAAUGUUGACAAAUUGUGAGCAUGAUUUUCAAUUGUCAUGCCUUCUAGAGUGGAUGGAAAGAAGUGAUGCCUUUCUAGUCUGUGAUAA